AUGUCCAAACGAGUCGCUUCGUCUACUGCUGUUGCACCCAGCGCCGCUUCCACCAAGCGCAAGAAAUCCUCUACUGAGCUCUCAUCUUCCAUUCCGUCUAUACCGCCGUUCGAAGUCGCUCGUCUAUCUGAAAUGUAUCGAGAAUGGCCAGCACCUGCCUCCCGAAUGCAAGAGGCUGCCGAUUUUCUACGUGCAUGUGCAGCCUCAUCUCGAUCCGAUCGUAUUCUCCUCGUACCAGACAAGGAUGCAGACGGCCUUUCCUCGGGAGUCAUCAUGUAUCGCACUCUGGUUCAAGCUCUAGGCAUCGAUCCGUCGCGUAUCGACAUUCAUCUCAUGACCAAGGGAAGCAAUCUUUCUGCCGAAUCACAGCGCGACUCCAUGUCAAAGUACGGGGCUAAAUGGAUUAUUGUUCUCGACCAAGGAUCUCGAAAUGGCCCGCCUCUGGUACCUGGUGCAGAGAAUGGCUGGAAGUACGAGCAUGUGGAAGCUGUCAGGACGAUGGUAGUAGAUCACCAUUGGCUGGCAGAAGGAGAACCAGGACCAGAAGGCUGUCUCAUGCUCAAUGCGUGUCAUCACAAGCCGGUAGCCACAGCUUCUUUGCUCACAUGGGUGCUAUGUCGACCCUUGUGGUCCGAAGAAACGGCAGAGCUUGCGCAGGAUCGAAUCGACUACGUCGCGGUGCUUGGUACGAUGGGCGAUCUCAGCGUCAACGUUGAAUGGGAUCCGCCUUUCCCAGACCUCACUUGCGAAGUGAAGAAAUGGACCAAGAAACGUCUGGGAUCAGCCAUUGCGCUUCUCAACGCUCCACGGCGUACACCCGAUUUCGACGUCAUCACCGCCUGGUCUGCCCUCCUCUCCUCCAAGUCCCCACUCACCAUCCUCGAUCCAGCCACCAAUAGGCACGCCGCUCGUCUGUACGAAGCCCGAGAUAUGGUAGCACUCGAAACAGAACGCUGUACGCACACGCCGCCCAAAUUUUCCAAAGACGGUCGUGUAGCUUUACUCCGCAUUACCUCAGCGUAUCAAGUCCACCCAUCGAUAGCAACACGCUGGACGGGAGCUUUGAAGAGCAAGAAUUUGCAAGUGGUCAUGUGCGCCAAUGAUGGCUACAACCAAGGCUUGGUGAAUUUCAGUUGUCGCAUCGCACAGGUGGCCAAGAAACGCGGUGAAGAGGUCAACAUCAUCCAGGUACUCAAUAGCUAUGCGGACACGGAUCCCGAGUGGAAGAAAGAGGUGACGGACGCGCUGGGCGGCAAUGCAUUUAAUGGUCAUCCACAGGCAAGUGGUGGCAUCUUCCCAAAGGAACACUUUGAUAAGUUCUACGAGCUGAUGCAGAUCGGUGUCCCUCCUGAUGGAACGAGUAGGGCGAAAGGAGGUGGGAAAACGAGCAAGAGUAAGGUGCCAGUGCAAAAGAACAAUUUGCUGGCUAUGGGGUUCUCCACUUCGCCCAGAAAGAAGCAGCAGCAGCAACAGUCACCAUAG